GCCAAGUAGGAAUCCGAUUGCAUGCGAAGAGGUGAAAACCCCCUAACGAGAAGCUGAGCGACCACAGGAGAUCCGACUCCUUCUCGAAGGGAUUCAACUUCCUUUUGCUGACGUUCGCGGUGUUCAUUUGUCUAUUGUUAUUUCAUGACGGAAUUGUUUGGAUUAAUUAUCCUUCAGAGCUCGACCACAGGUGUGUCUCGGCCCAAAUAACGGACAGAGAAGCCCCCAUGACAGACGGUAUCACUAAGUGAAGGCGACGAGACGUGGUUCCCCGAUUAGGCGUAAGGCGCCAAGAUGACUGAGGACUUCGGGGGAGUGACGAUGAGUGACGAAGACAGCGAAGAGGACACGCAACUCCACUCCUAUCAGUGCAGGCAGCCUACGGAAUUACAGGUAAUGGCCACGAAGGAGACCAAGAAGGUGUUGUGGAGGCAGCAUUAAUGGCUGAGUGCAGUGUUGGGGACUCCCCUAAAGUAGGAAAUAGACGGUUUUCGCCUGACCGUUCCCCUCAUCCUCAUAUUACCAGAGAAAUCUUAGAGAAGCAUGGUUCCUAUGCUCUGGAUUUUCGUGGAGAAGCACUUACAUUUAAGGCAACAACUGCAGGAAUCCUAACCACAUUAAGUCAUUGUGUGGAAGUCAUGAACCAAAGAGAAGAGUCCUUUAAGAGGCGACUUGAACGUGAAGCGGAGAAAAGAAAGCGACUAGAGGAAAAACUAAAACAUGCUCUUGCGCACAGCACACAGGAGGCACAGCCUAACAGAAGAGUGGUAGUUAUGGGUGGACCAGACUAUGAGGAAGGACCUCAUAGUGUCAUAGGAGAGGAUGAAUUCUUUGAUGCAGUUGAGUCAGCGCUGGACAAAAUGGAUGAGGAGGAGGAAUUCCGUGAACGUCUACGCCAGAAGCAACUAGCAGCGCCUCAAAAGUCUGCAACUACACAUCCUCUUUGGCCACAGAUUGAAAAGCUGACGAUAGAGCAACUUGGUUAUGCACAACAAGACGUGGAAGGAGGUGUUUGGCAAUUAUUUGCUGAAGAAGGUGAAAUGAAAAUGUACCGAAGAGAGCUUGAGGAAGAUGGCUUGGUGGUUGACCCUCUGAAGGCAGUUCACCAAGUCAGAGGUGCUACUGCCCAUGAAAUGGUCCAUCACUUCUGGUCACCAGAUGUUAGAUUUGAGUGGGAUACAAGCAUAGAGCAGAUGACAGUCUUAGACAGGAUAUCUGCGGACACACUCAUAUUCCUGCAGCUUCACAAAAGAGUUUGGCCAACUGCUCAACGUGAUGCCCUGUUCUGGUCGCACAUACGGGAGAUAUCAUCCUCUGACCCAGCCAAUGGCAAAGCCCAUGACACCUGGAUAGUCUGCAAUCAGUCUGCUGAACAUCCUGAUGCUCCAAAUGAUGGGAAAUAUGUCCGAAUAGACUUGACAGUAUGUUUUGUGUGCCAAACAUUUAUUGACCCUCCACCAGCUGAGGGACAGCCUAUAACACGAGACAAUCUGUUGGUUAAAAUAACUUACUGCUCAGUAGUUAACCCUGGAGGAUGGGCCCCAGCUUCAGUUCUACGGGCUGUGUACAAACGUGAGUAUCCAAAGUUCCUGAAGAGGUUUACCCAGUAUGUUGUGGACAAGUGUGCUGACCAGCCCAUUGCCUUCUCGGGGUUGAAGAUCAAGGACCACAGCAAACACUGGAGGGGUUGAUGGAGUCCUGCUUGGAGGGAGAAAGAACAAUUGUUAAAGAAGAGUUUAAAUGAAUAUUGUGCAAAUGUAAUACAGUUUUAAAUGUAGUGAUGAUAGCACAAAUGGUAGCCAUCAACUGGGCAGACAUUCCUCGAUUUAUGGAGUUCUUAGGUUCCUGAAGCUAGUACAUAAGCCAAAAAUAAUUUAAGACCAAUGAAAAGUAAAUGUUUUUACAGAAAAAUACAAGUGUGCACACACACACUCAUGUGGACGGAUAUGCACACGCUCACACACACGCACGCACGCAAGCACACACACACACGCACAGACACACACACGCAGACACACACACACGCACAGACACACAC